AUGUUGCAUGAUGUGUACCACAUUCUUGGGCUUCGUGUUGAUGGUUCCAUGGUUUCCACUACUCCUAGCAUGGACGUCAUACAGGACACAUGCCAGGUAACCCUGGACAUGACUGCGGAAGAGCUGAACGAGAAGUGCGGUACGAAGACCAUUUGGCAAGGUAGUGGGGUGCUGACCGAUAGGAUUAUGGACUCGACCUUGGAGGCGCAGAGGCCCUUCAGUGUCCAUUACCGUGCGUACAUGUGGUUAGUGCUGGGUGGAUGUCUGUUUUUGGACAAGAGUGGUAACCGUACUCAUCCGUCCUUCCUCAACGAGCUUGUUGUUGAUGAUCUUCCGAUAAAUGAGUACUCUUGGGGUUCAGCUGCUCUAGCAUACCCGUAUCGCCAGUUGGGUACGACAUCAAGAAAAGAUGCCGAUUCAAUCGCUGGUUGUCUCACGCUUCUACAAGCGUGGAUCUACGAGUACUUCCCGUGCUUCUGGCCUCAGCAGGGUACCUUGACGAGGGAGCUUAGUAUUCCUCGUGCGUCUGCUUGGGAUGUGGUAUCGGGAUGCCCGAACAAGAGCAUGGAGCGCCUCCUCGCUUUUCGUGCUAGAUUGGAUCAACUAACUGAAAAUGAGGUUAAUUGGCUACCUUACGGAGUUGAUCCCGCUCGACACGUGCCAGCCACUCUAUUUAUUGGAUGCAUCCAGUACCGGAGCAUCAUUGAGCCAUACAUGCCUAAUCGAGUGGUCUGA